AUGGACGACACCUCUAGAGGGCACCACGAACCGCAUCCAAAAAAGCACACCGUCUACGCCUGUGUUCGCUGCAUCACUUGCGCGAUCUGGUGGCGGUUGCUCCGCUUCCACGCAUCGGAGUUCCGGGCUUUGUGCUGCUAUUUGAAUGAGAAAAGAAAGCGAAGAUGUCGUAACCGACGACAUCUUCAAGGACAGCACUCUCUACUACGUCGCGGUGGAAAUAGGCACGGUCACAAGAGGCCGCUGCCUUGCGCGCGCCCACGGCACUUUGUGCUGGAGCGCUACAUCACGGCAAGAAAUGACCACCUGCGCGGACCAGAGGCGGAGAGGACAGCGAAGCCAACUAGUAGAGAAGUUUCUCAUGAUGUCGAUGGCGAUGUUGCCCGGUCUUCGCGUUCUUCAAUAGGCAAAAGAACCAGAAGGAACACCGCAGACGCGUACAUUGUGGACAUUUUUGACCGGGGGGCUGCGUCGUGCAAUUAUGGGGAGGAGCUACAUAAUUGUAAUUCGCGUUGCCUGUUCGACGAGGAACAGGACUUUGAAAAAACACGAAGUGAAGAUGAAGAUCUUCAUCGGAGCACAAGCUGUGAUCAGCGCCACGUUCUUGGAGGCUACGUCGACGACUCCGGCUACGAGCCUUUUGAUUUCGUGGACAAUUUGAAGCACUCACAAGGACGACAGCAGCAUGAUGUCGAUGACAAAAAGUUUCCCAUGUUGCAGCACGACCACACCGCCGCGGCUGCGUCGGGAGGUGGAGGUUCUUCGACGACGGAAAAAGCAAGACAUUCUAGAGAUGUUGAGCAUUCCAAUGCCUUUCUUGCAGAUGAAGAUGCGCAGACCGCGCUCGGGGGUGUGAUAUCCAUAUCCCAAAAUGACGAAGACUAUUUCCGGCCUUUCUACGUGGUUGCGGAGCGCAAGGAGGACGUAGAACUGGACAGCAGCGCCUCCGUUUGUUCAUCUUCGCAAGAAGUUCUUGACAAGCAUUUCUGGCCGCUCUUGGAAGAUGGUGGUGCAACGGGACGACCACGAGGUGGAUCAUCCUCGCACAUCAACUCGUCUUGGCUACGGCACUUCUACGUACCUUUGCAGAAGGGGUACGAUUGCGGCGCCAUCAGUAGUUGUUCGUCUUCCUCCUGUACCGGAACUGGUACUAGGUCUCCGUGCGGGCUGUGCGUCCGCUGUGUGUUGCGCGAGAGCGACCAGAGGUUAGUGGACGCGCAGUAUUGCAGUUCGCACUCCAGGACAGGCGUCCUCACUUCGUGUACCACGGCGGCAGGAGGAGCGACCACAAGCGCUAGUACCUUCGCCUCGGGAAGGAGUAGAUCUUCGAAACUCGUCUGGAAAAAUGAGCAAGGGCGGUCUCUACCACUACCAGGGGAAGUACAUCAUAAUUCGGCACCUAGUCGCCCACCUGCUCAAGCGGCCGAGCUUGUUUCCGGCUACAGCCAACACUCAAACCUGUUUCGCCGAUUCUUGAACUUAUUUCUUUCUCCGCCCGGAGGCCCUUGCGCUCCAUCAUCAACGUCUUCAUAUUUUCCCGCCACAAGAGAAGAUGAGGACCCUCGGCAUUCCACCAGUCGCCGCGAUCUGCUACAAUGUGCAAGUAGAGAUAGGAAGAACCUCAACUACGAGGAGAAGCAGCUCGUCGGGUACUACUUCCCGCGAUCCGGUCCCCGCGAUUCGACCAACUACAUCUAUCGGCUGGGCGUGAUUUUGGCUGCGGGCACGAGCAAGGACAUGCCGAUUCUCCGCGGACGGUUCCAGGUGUUCCGCAGCCUCGUCUGGCUUCCCCUGGCGCUGAUUGGGUGGCUGAAAAAGGUGUACGUGAGGCAUGAAGUCCGCGUUGAGAGGUGUGAGGUGGUCGUCGGAGGCGGGAGAAGGACGAGACAGAAACGGAAGAAAGGAAGUGGAAAACCACAAGGAAGUAAAUCACGCAGCAGAUGCGACAGGAACGAGAGCGAGCAAGACCACCGCAAUGUAGAGGACGAUGAAGAUGAUCCUGACCGCGCUUUCACCGACGCGUGGGACCAAAUUGUCGAUGAGGUGUCAUCUACGCAAUCACACCUGCGGCGGUCUUGCUGCGCACCGGCUACAGCUGAUAAUUUGCAGACAAGAACCGUGGGAAAAUAUCACCACACGGAAAUCAAAUGCGAAUGGAUCUGGCCUGUCACUCCUGCGGCCGAGGAAGAUGGUACUAGUGGAGCAAGGAGGGAAUGGGUGCUGUCGACAUUGAAGCAAUCUUGCAGCGAUCUUUGGUGCGCCGUUCAUAGAUUUCUAUUCCCGCAGUCAACGAUUUUAACCGGUGGAGAUGAGGAUGAGGAACACCACAUUGAAGAAGACAUCACGGGCAAAAACCACCCAAAGUUGUCCGCGUCUCUGCACCGAGCGCUUGGGAAGUUUGCGGUCAGGAAUUCGUCAGCGAAAGCUAUUUUUCAGCACGAAAACGAUCAUCUUCAGGCAACAUUUGAUUCAAACGGUACAUUGAAGGAGCUCGACCCGACCCUGGACAACCGCAACAUGUCCUCUCCCGCAGACCAAACUUCCAUCGUUUUCUUCCUGCACGGUGGCGCUUUCGUGCUGUGCGACCACGAGACGCACCGCUACGCCACGAUAACCGCCGUGCAGAUGUCCAGCUGCGUCCUGUUUGUUCCGAACUACCGCCGACCACCGGACGUUUGCAUGGAGACCACGAUCUGCGACUGUCUGAACGCGUACUUUUGCCUGCUGGAAGACUACAACAUCUGCCCGAAACGGGUUUCCUUCCUGGGCGAUUCCGCCGGGGGCGCGCUGUGCUUGCAGGUGCUACUGCAGUUGCGAGACCAGGGCGAGCUCUACCAAAAAGUGCUGCGCGCCAGGUCGUCGUGGUCCUCAAGCGAUGUUGAACAAGAUGUUGUAAACGGGACGACAAGUUGUAGUUGUGGCCUGCUUGCCAAAAAUGCGAUCCACCUGAGCGAAAGAACUACAAGCAUGCAUGCGAAUCAUUACACGAGGUCCCAUAGCCAGAGAAGAUUGAGAUCUCCCUCGCCCCCCCGAGGACGCGGAUCUUACUUGUCCAGGAGCUCAACCACGUCCACAUCUUCAAGAGCGUCAACAUCCUCCGCCUCGACAGCAGCUGCACAAGAAGAGCACGAACUCCAGCCGCUACAGCGCGCAUCGUCUACUUCGGAGGUGCCGCUCCUGCCGAACAAGAAUUCUUCUUGCAGUACUUCCUCAACAAGCUCGGAGCGGAGCACCCGCGCCCCCUGCAGUUCCACCACAACUUCGCGGACGACCACGACCAGGUCCUCGGACAGCAGUCAAGUGGGCGGGCUGUACAUGAUGGACUCGACCACGAGCGAGAGUUGUAGCUCCACCACCUCGGCAGGGGGAAAUAUCAAGCAAGUGAAGUUUUUUACGAAGGCCUCAAGCAACUGCGAAGUAGUGGACGAAAGGAUGGAAGCGGGUCAUGGUACAACAACUGGGGAAAAAAUAACAGAGAGGCAAACAAGGCUGUCUUCAGCACCUGCAUAUGUUCCCUGCUGCGUUCCAUCUCCUGUGUCCUCUCUUCCUUCCCCGGCAGCGGACGACGUAAGGCGGUUGUCCAUGACGAGCUCAACCAGGAUAGUAACUGCUGGAGAAGAGCUGCGGCGGGCGCAGGAGGAGUCCUCGUCCUCGACUUCUGGUUCAUCUCGACGUGGUGUUCUUGGCGGCGGAGACAACGCUAGAAAUGAUAAUACACGUCGCCCGGCUGGUGUUGUUUCUCCUCGUCCAUUAGGUGCCUCAGCUGCAGGCACAAGGAGAUGGUCGCCGACGACGUGGUCCACCACGUCCACGCCACAGGAGGAACCGGAGCCGCAGCCCGAGGACCACGGCAUGACGAGCACCAGUCCAGGCGAGGACGAGAGGGACCACGAAGAACAGAAAGGUCGUGUCCAAGUUCAUACCGCUCUCCUACCGAAAUCCGUGUGUCUUCUGUCCCCCUGGGUGGACCUUUCCGCGGAUUGGGACACGGACCGGUCCGCCAAGGUCAACCGCAGCCUCGACCUCUUCCGUCCAGAAACCAUCAAACGCUUUGCCAACGCGGCCUGCACCAGCUUUCUCACGGAGAACGAGGCGACUGCCUUGCUGAGGGGGAAGGAAAAUUCUGCGGGAGGUGCAGCUUCUACGCGAACUGUUGACAACAAUAAAAUGAAAAGCCGCGAGCGCGGCUCAGCAGUCGUAGAUGAGAAGAUGAACAAGUUCUACCCGCGCAAGAAAUUUGACCUGCAGCACCCAGUGACCUCCGUGACUUUCGCGGAAAGAGGGUUCCACGACUUGCCACCCAUGUUGGUCAUGGUGGGCGAGCGGGAGUUGCUGCGGGACCAGAUUGUGGCGUUUGUGCAGAAGCUGGUCCAGGCACCCUAUUCGAGCGGGUCGCGCCCGAAAAUCCGGUUCGAAAUCUACCAGGAUAUGUGCCACGUUUUUCCGGGCUUUUACGGGAUCCACCCCACGCCGGACCGCGCGUGGCAGUCCGUCGUUGACUUUUUGAAGAGACGAAAUUGAUGAGGUGAUUGAAGCUGGUUAGUAGUGGAAGUUGAUGUUGCGUCUGCGAGUGAGAACUCUCCGAUUUUGAGGAACAAGAAGAUCAUGCAGAGCUCCAUGAUGUGUUUUUGAUUUUGAAGCCAUAACAAUUGAGCCUAUUCUGGAAAAUAAUAAAGAGAGGGGAGAUCAUGCCUCCGUCUUUAUGUUUAUUCAUGGCGAGUACAGGAGUCUAACAAAAAAUAAAAGAUUGCUCAACUACUUGCUGUCCGUGUAU